CACGGACAGCGCGCAGUGAGCAGCCAGGAAAGCUCCCUAAGUCCCGGCCUCGGAGCAGAGGCCCGGCUCCGCACGGCGAGAGGCGCGGAGCUCUAGCCGCCUGGCAGAGCGUGCGGUUUCAGUGGGACCGCGGUUCCCACCCCGGGACUCUGGUGGAGCGGAGCCCGGCAAAUGGGCGCAUGAGGAAGAAGGGCAGGGAAAUGGACUGCUAUUUGCGCCGCCUCAAACAGGAGCUGAUGUCCAUGAAGGAAGUGGGUGAUGGUUUACAAGACCAGAUGAACUGCAUGAUGGGAGCGCUGCAAGAGCUGAAGCUUCUACAGGUGCAGACAGCACUGGAACAGCUGGAGAUCUCUGGGAGGGGGCCUGCCCCAGGCUGCCCUGAAAGCCCCCGAACACAGCCUGAGUCCACUUGCUGGGAUAGGGGAAGAGGUCCUGCCAGGCCUAUGGCCUGCUCCCCUUCCAACCAACCUUCUCUUGGCAGCAACGCCAAGUGUCCCUCCCAUAGGAGUGCCUGUGGGAGGGGUCUGGCCGCCCUGCCCAGGACACAGCUGCCACAGCACCACAGCUGUGCCCAGCAGGGGCCAGAGCCGGCAGAACCCGACGACUGGACAUCCACGUUGAUGUCCCGGGGCAGGAAUCGACAACCUCUGGUGUUAGGUGACAACAUUUUCGCGGACCUGGUGGGGAACUGGCUGGACUUGCCAGAACUGGAGAAGGGUGGGGAGAAGGGUGAGACUGCGGAGGAGCCUAAAGGAGAGAAGGGCCAGCCCCAGGAGCUGGGCCGCAGGUUCGCCCUCACGGCAAACAUCUUCAAGAAGUUCCUGCGUAGUGUGCGGCCUGACCGUGACCGGCUGCUGAAGGAGAAACCAGGCUGGGUGACACCCACAGCCUCAGAGCCCCGAGCAGCACGCUCGCAGAAGGCCAAGAAGCGGAGCCAUUCCAAAGGCUUUGGACGUUUCUCUUUCCAGGGCACAGCAGAGCGCACACAGGGGGGUAAUCCUUCCACAAGUUGCCCCAAGGCUCUGGAACCCUCACCCUCUGGCUUUGAUAUUAACACAGCUGUUUGGGUCUGAAUCAUAGAAACAGACAGUUGACUGACCCCCAAAGGGCCAGGUCCCAGUGCUGAGACCCCUGGAAAGAGGGCAGGUGGGCGAUAUGGCUUUCAAAAGCCCAAUUCCGAGUUCCUUUCCUCCAGAAAGGAGGGAGAAGCGACAAGAGUAUCUGGACCAGGGCAGACAGGCUUGUGGUCGGAAGAAUCUGUGGCCAGACUGGCCAGUGGGGGAGGUGGGCUCCUGGAUGGAGAGAGUGAGAGUGUGUGUGUGUGUGUGUGUGUGGUGCUCACUUUGGGCUGGAGGUGACAGCUGGGGAGGGGCCAGGGGUCAGAGACUAGGUAAUCCUUUUGACAUUCCUUCGCUGCUCCCAAAGACCUCAGUCAAACAUUCUGUAUGGAUUAGGGUGCUGCAGGCUCCCCAGAGAGGCCCCCAGUAAAGACCUCAUCUCUCAUGUCCCCAACCUUAUAACUGUUUGCUUCCCUGGCAAAGCACUGCUCCAGGCACAGGUAUUAAACCCCAGUCAUCAGCAGGGGGCAAAUUUCCACCCCACCUCUUCCUGUUGCCUUUGAGAUUUCAGCCCAUACCUGGAUCCUGAGAAAUGAGCUGAAUGAGUAUGUAUAAGAAAUACUUGGGGAAACCCAUGUCUUUCCAAAAGCACAGGAAAGAUAAUAUAUUUGUUUAGCACUUUAAAGUCUGAAGGCCUUUUCAUAGCCAUUAUCUCCUUGGUAAGUGGCCACGGAAGGCAGGUAUUAUCCCCAUUUUCCCGAUGAGGAAGCAAGCCGGGAUACGACCCCUACCCAGGACCACGCCGCAGGCAUGAGGCGGACCAGGCCAGUGCUCACUGAGUCCUGGAGUCUCACCCUCCUUUCCCAGCACGUCUCCAGCGUUGAACCCGGGACGGAUGAACCUGUGUCUUUCAAUAACGCGAAGGCAAGCCCAGAAGAAAUUCGCACGCAUUUUAAAAUUCCAGUUCCAUCCGGUGGGCUCCCUCCCAGCUGGGCAGCUUUCGGUCCCCUUUCCCGGGUCGGGACGGCGGGGCAGCCCCAAGCUCCCGCGCCUGGGGCCGCUCCUAAGCCGCCUGGCCUCGUGGCCCGGCGCGCACGGCCCCGGGAGCUGCCGUUCUCGCCCAUCCCGGCAGGGGCCGCCGCCAGGGGGCCGAAGGCGUUUGGGCCGACCCCGCGCAGGCAGCACUCCCUCCUCCCCUCGCAGCCGCCCGCCAACCUCCCCUCUGCCUGACAGAGGGUGACAGCUGCAAUUAAAGGCCGCCUUCCUGCCCUCAAAGCAUUAGUAGCACAUUGGAGAAGAAAAAUAAGAAGAAAGGCUCUUCCUGCAGCCUGGACCUCCCCGGGGACGAUGGAGGGAGGGGGCUUAGAGCGAGCAGCUCCUUAACCUGAGUGGGGGGUGGUUAGAGUAACUUAAUUUUCCAGGCAAUCAAAUGGUAGAUGUUUAGUGUUCGUGGAGAAAGGUACAAGAGAAAAGGCAGUAAUUUUUUUGAACCCUUGCUGUUUGCCAGGCAGUGUUUACGACAUGUCUUAAACUUCAAAAUGACCCUAGAAGAUACUGUCCUUGGUAAAUCAGUGGAGGCUCGUAAGGGUCAUGUAAGUUGCCCAGAUCAGGCUAGCAGCCAAUGAAAGAACCAGGACCUGAAACAGAGGAUCCUCUGGCUCCAAAACCCCUGUCCUUUCUUCUCUCCCUGGAGUUCUGGGAGUUUGCCAGCUGAGCUAGCCCUUUCUGGAAGAGCAGGCCCCUGCCAUCCUUCAUGCCUCCCCACAAGACUGUGACACUCUGGUCCUGGGGGAAGGCCCACUGGCUGUGACUGCCUUUGGUGGCAGUCAUGUGUGCAUGUGUGUGUAGAAUGUGUGAAGAUUCCACCUGAACUGCUGAGUUCGGAGAAGAGGGAGUCAUUUGCUGGUGGGUGGUGGUGAAGCCAUACAGCAAUUACUCAAGAAGGCACCAGCUCCAAGAUGGGAAUGAUUCUACAGGAAUCCAUGUCACCUUUUGGUCAUUCAUCUGUAACUCAUCUGUUUUGUGGACCAGUCAUGGCAAUUCAGACCAAAUGGACAAAACCUUAUGAACACCUCCCAGUGCCAAGCAUUUUGAUAGGAACUAAGAACAGAGCAAUGAAAAGGACCCAAUUCCUGACACACUGGGUCCAGCGGGAAGAAAGAAGUGACUCUUAACCCACUCGUUAGCCAGAAGGAAUGCAAGGGAAUGAAAACUCACUUUAACCUGGGCCACAACAGAACAAUUAGCGGUGUGAAAUUUGCUGCCAACAUCAGUCACAGAUGUCGGGCACUGCCAUCUUUGCGUUCUUAUUUCCUUCUCACCACACUCUGGAAGUGGCUGCUGUUACUCUUAUUUUACAUGGAAAAGCUCAGAGAAGUUAAGCAUUUCACUUAGGGUCACAGGGGCAGAGCUAGGACUGAAAUAAUUCAAACUGACUUCCAGUCUUGUGCUUUUCACACUACCACACAAGUUGUCUGUCUCUGCUCCAAAGCCAAGUCAAAGGGAACAACAAAACCUGUCCCUCCUGUAUUACCCUUGCAAGGAUCAUUAGUGGAAUGCCAACUCUCCGGUGGGGGAAUUUUGCCUGGGUCUUAACAGGGCUGUUGUACCACCCCAUCACUAUGUCAUGCUUUGCUAAUGAAAGAUUAUGGCCUGCUCAUACACCUCCCAUAAUUUUUCCUUUUCUUCCUCCCCUUCUGAGCCCCUGCUCGGACAAUGAUGGAGACUAUUUACUGAAACUGAGAGAAGUGGGGACUGGGAAGGCCUGGGGCCUAAACAAUGCCAGAAAAUGUAGUGGUGGGGAGCUGUAUGCAGAAGAAGGUAGUAGAAGCAAGCAGAGAGAAAUUGACAGCUUAAUUCUGCCCCUGGGGCUCAUUUUAUGGUUAAUUAGGACAUGCAAAUAAGCUGGUAGCUCAUUUAAAACCCUCCCUGGCAUGGGGCGCACACCUCACACCUGGCCCGCUUCCCUGACAGGUACAAGGACCCCCUAAUUGGCCCAGGCAUCUGCUCAGGGCCCCACCUGCUUCUCUGUGGCUCUGUGGCCAGAGAGUGUCUGUAGAUGUUCCUCACCAUGAGUAGGAGCCAGAAGAGUCUCUGCUGGGGAUGGCCAGUGAGCCUGCCUGGUCUCCCUCCUCUCUCUUUCCAACCUGGCCAACUUGGGACCCCUCUUUCCCAGAGAGCACAGGCCCCUCUCCCUCAAGCACCUCCCCUGCACCCACUCAUCACGUUGAGACCUGAACCCGAACAGGCUCUGAGGAAGAGAGACCUGGUUCAGCACCCCCCUGCUCCCCUCUCCAGAGCCCCGUGGGGAAGAGGGCUCCUCUUUCCCAAGCCACACCAUUUCCUACAGGGCCUCCACAAAAGCAAAAGCACAGCCUGUCUCUGGGGAGCAGGAGCCAGUCCCCAGCUUUCUGUCCACUUCAGGGGGCUUCCCCAACUACGGCAGUUUGGGCACUUCUGCCAGCACCAUGGCAUGGGCACUACAUUUGGAGCCAAACAGGAUAUGAGGCCCAGUUCUGUCACUGUGUAAGCUUGAGCAUGCUGCUUGACCUCUCUGAGUCUCAUUUUUCUCAUCUGUGAUACAGGGAUAAUGCAGGGCUGCCAUGAGAUUUAAAGGACAUAACACACAGUAUCUAGCACACAGCAGAAGCUCAAUAUAUAUUGGACCACCUGCCCUUCAGUUUAGGCGCUAUGUGACCCAGGGUUAAAAAAACUUGCUAAAAUAAAUAAAUAAAUAAGA